AUGUCGAAAGCCAAGGGGGCAUGUACGGUGACACCCUGAGUGACCGUGACAAGUUCCUGCAGGUGAAGUUGGUGGCUGGAUGUUUGUCGGCAGGCAUCCCGCUUCAUGCCCUUGCCGACCCGCAGAUGAAGGCCUUCUUCGACUUCGCGAACAUCUGGUUGCCGGGAGACAAUCAUCUCGCCGAGCACAUCCCGUUCCUGCUGAAGAAAGAGGUCAACGACACCUUGGGCGAAGAGUUUAACCUGAGGGCGUCACGCUGCAUCGGCUUCAUGCUCGACGGCUGCGCGGCCAACCUGCUUGCUCUCGACUCCCUCACGCAGCACAUCUACCGCAAUCCGCACGCCAAGACCCUCUUCCGCGAAAUCGUCGGCGUUACAGAUCCUCCAAUUCCCAACCACCGGUGGGGUUCGAGGUACAAGCGCGACUACCUCAUCGCCAUGAACUGGCCACUUGUUGUGAAGUUCAUCGAGGCGUACAAGAGUAACGACGACAACAAGUCCAAGACGGCGGCAUGGCUGCGAUCGGAGCUAGCUCGGAAGCGGGACGACGGGAAGGAUCAGGUCCUCGUCCUUCGGAUGCAGCUGGCUGUACUUGUGGACGUGGGCAAGAUCGUCACCGCUGCCUGCAUCUUCCUGGAAGGCGGCGAGUCACUGCUGCACCAAGCGUUCAGCAAAAUCGAGAACUUCCGGGCCCAGCUCGAGCUAGGCGAGGAUGGGCUCUUCAAGGAGGACGUGGCUUUGCCUACUCUGGACGCUGUCAUCGCCGCCGGCAUUGGCCAGGGAGACGACUUCGGAGCCACCGCCGACCUUCUCAAGGCUGAGUUCCAAGAAGACCUCAUCCCUCUGCGCACUUGCGCAUACGAUCAGAUCGGCCCUCACGAGGGGGCUGAGCGGGCGCCAGUGCUCAAGUAUAUGGAGGCCGCGCGGCUCAUCAACUUCACCUUCAUGCAACGUCACAAGUACAGCGCCAACGAAGUCCGCAGCCUCGCCGUCUUCCCCUUCAUCUCGGAGGAACAAGUCGACAAGCUUCUCACUGAAAAAGACGACUACUUUGUCGCCGCCCGCGUGACGGACGAAGACUACGAUUUUUGGCAGUUCUGGCAGGACCACAAAGAGAAACUCCCGACGUGGUGCCUGGCAGACAGGAUCAUGACUGCCGCCCUCAUCAAGUACAACCGAGGAAGGGAUAGGCGUUCUCUGAAGCUGCGGUAUGACAAGGAGGAAGUAGCAGAGGAGAAGGAGGGGGAAGCAGAGGGGGAGGAAGAGGAGGAGGAGGACGAGGAGGAGGAAGAGGAGGAGGAGGAAGAGGAGGAGGAGUAG